UUGAGCUGAGCUGUCAGUUAUUAGGAGCUGAACCUUUAGGGGUCCAGCCUGAUCUGGACUUCAGCCUUAUAACCUCUUGAAGGGAUUGCAGUUGGCGAGACAUAUGAGCUGACUCAUCUUACCACUCACACGUGGCUUUAUCUAACGUGACAUAGAUAAGCGGAAGGGUCGGCGUCUGCCAUUGUGAUUUGAAGUUGAGGCUGAAGUCCAGCCGAGAUUGAAAGGGACGGACCGUUGCUUUCGCAUGUGCACUUUUUAUUUGUGCUUGAUUGAAGCGGCAGUGUGGGAGGAGAUUUGCUGAAUUGUUUUUACUCCGGUGACUCCAGAGAAGGAGGAUGAUAAUAUUUCAAGUUUGGCUCGUGCGGCUCAUGCUGCUGGUCUUGCUGAGUCUAUUUGGAGUCAACAUGGAGCACCUCCAAGCAGAGAACCUGCAUCUCCUACCCCCUGAUCGGCACAACGUGGUCAUGAACCUUGGAAUGAGAAUGUUACCAAGAGAUUGUCAUGAAAUGCUGAUGAGGUCUUCAGGUCACGCCAGAGAUGGCGUGUACCUGAUCCGGCCAGGGGACGCCCCCGUCGUGGUGUACUGUGCCAUGCGGGAGGGAGGAUGGACCAUCGUGCAGCACAUCACCGUAAACAGCAGCGUCACUUUCGACCGGGUGUGGGCCGACUACAAGCACGGUUUCGGAGAUGUCACUGGAGAUCACUGGCUCGGGAACGAAUACCUUCACCAGCUCAGCAGAGGCCCGGCGCGCUUCAAACUGGGAAUAAAACUCGUGGACCGAGACGCUGCCACAAAGAUGGGAGAGUACGACCCUUUCCUGGUGGAGGAUGAAUCAUCGGCGUACAGGUUGAGGCUUGGGUUGUUCCGGGGCACGGCCGUGGACGCCCUCACGCAGGACACGGAACACUACCUGCACGACAACCAGAAAUUCACCACCAAGGACAGAGACAAUGAUAACUACUUCCAGAACUGUGCCAAGCUGGAGUUCCAGCAGGUGGCCGGUGGAGGCUGGUGGUACGACGCCUGUGCCGGUGCCAAUCUGAACCGCAGAAAUGUCAUCUACUGGCAAAAGGACUGCAACAAGGAGCGACUGUGCAAGUAUGCAUGGAUGAUGGUCAAACCAUCAGACACUGUGAAACCCGUUCAUUGCGGAGACUACAAAAAGGACGAGCUAUGAGGACACGUUCAACAACGAGCAGUUGUGGCAAAAGAGGCCACAGCACACUUAGCAUUUGCUAAUCUCGCCCUAUGGACGACCAGCCUAGCUAUUCACAGUCUGGCGUGUGUGUUUUUCCAACUAGACAGAGUUUUGACCGCCAGCAGGUUUUUAGGCUCGUACAAAAUAACACAUUUGCCACAAAUCAUUCUUGUAGCUGACAGCAUAAAAAAACAUCCAUCCAUUUUCUGAGCCGCUUCUCCUCACUAGGGUCGCGGGCGUGCUGGAGCCUAUCCCAGCUGUCAUCGGGCAGCCCUGAACCGGUUGCCAGCCAAUCGCAGGGCACAUAGAAACAAACAACCAUUUGCACUCACAUUCACACCUGCGGGCAAUUUAGAGUUGUGCAUAAGAAACAAAAUCUCUUCAAUAUGGCCAUAGAUGUGAAAUAUCGUGCUUUAUCAAAUUGGUUAGUCAUUGUUGUUCAUGCUCCCUGGUUAGUAAUGAGUAGACUUUGACAAAGUAAGGAGUAGAUAGUACAGAUAUGUGUUUUCAAUUGUUGGGAGUAGAAAUAAAAUUUUGUCAGAAAAAUAAAUACUAAAAGUAAAGUACACAUACCUGAAAAAUCUACUUAAGUAGGUUUGUACUUUGUUACUUACCACCACUGCUAUCGAAGACAAACAAUUAACAACAGUGCAUCACACAUGAAGUCCCAUGAAAUUAAAUAUUGUGCAGAACAUU